AAUAUCUGCACAUGUGAAAAUGGUAAUAAUGGCCUCCCUCAACUGCGCCUAAAUCAUCGAUCACCAAGGUCUCUGUGUGAAAGAACGAUGCUCACCAUGCAAGGUAUUAUAGUAAGACAAAAUUCAUUUAAUCAAGGGAGCAAAAAAAAAGAAAAAAAACCAUUACCCGAUGAAACAGUGGAAGAUUAUUUGGAGAGAUCAUGCGGUCAUGUGGAACUUACAGAUGAAAUGAAGGAUAAACUAAAAUUGUGUAACCCUGAUAUAACAGAAAAAGACAUGCGCGAAAUGUAUUCAACUCUAUACAAUGAGCAUGUAUUAAAUUUUCGUAUUCUUAUUGAAUGCUUGAAAACGGCAACUAAUAUGUUAGCAACUAAUUAUAAACGAGAACAAAGGUUUCAAAAUAAAUGUUGGCUUCAUCAAUAUAAAAAACUUGGAAAAGAACUUAUAAAAAUAUCAGAUAAUGAUGAUGAUGGAUACUUAAAACUAUUUUUAGAAGAAAAAAAGACCUGCAAAACAAGUGAUUUCACCAAAUUUUUAAAUGAUCGUAUGAAUAAGUGGAACGCCUUUAUUAAGGAAAAAAAAAAUGUAGCCUACGCCGAAUUGAAAGAAGCUUUAGAAAGUGGUACAAUGAAGAAGAAAAAAAAAGGCAAAAAUUGA